UUCGUGAGCCCCCCCCCUGUACAAGGGUCACCUGUACGUCGUUGUCUGCAUUGAAGGCAAUCUUCUUCACAAUCUCAUAAGAAAAAUCCAGGACGUUUACCGGUACGAGUUUCUGCUCUAAAGAAACCUGGAAAAAAAAUAGAGAGUGAAGGAUCGAGGGUGGCAGAGAGAAGAGAAAAAUCAGGGAGGGAGAGGGGGAUCUGGAAGUUACACGGUUGCGAGGAGGCUAGAAGAAGAAAGAAUUGGGUUUUGGCUAGAUCUGUCACCUCUCUACUCAAGUCUUCCCACACGCAGAAGGCUAGUUAAGAGUUAAGAAGACUAGAAGGAAUCAAUCAGUAUUAAUUUAUUGCGACUGGGAUUCCCAUGGCCUCAUCCAGCAUGCAGAAAGCAGCCUCAUCUUCUUAUUCUCCUCCCCAAUGGAAGUAUGAUGUCUUCCUUAGUUUUAGAGGCAAAGACACACGGAAUAACUUUACUAGCCAUCUAUAUUCUAAUUUGGAACAAAGAGGCAUCGAUGUAUACCUGGAUGAUAGGGGGCUAGAGAGAGGAAAGACCAUCGAACCUGCUCUCUGGCAGGCCAUCGAAGAUUCAAGAUUUUCAAUCGUUGUGUUUUCAAGAGAUUACGCGUCUUCACCAUGGUGCUUAGAUGAGCUUGUCAAGAUUGUUCAGUGCAUGAAAGAGAUGGGGCACACUGUUCUACCAGUUUUUUAUGAUGUGGAUCCAUCAGAGGUAGCCGAUCAGAAAGGGAAUUAUAAGAAGGCGUUCAUUGAGCAUAAGGAAAAGCACUCGGGAAAUCUGGAAAAGGUAAAAUGCUGGAGUGAUUGUCUCUCCACAGUGGCCAAUCUAUCUGGUUGGGAUGUACGGAACAGGGACGAGUCACAAUCAAUUAAAAAGAUUGUUGAAUAUAUACAGUGCAAACUAAGCUUCACUUUGCCAACAAUUAGCAAAAAUCUAGUUGGAAUAGAUUCUCGUCUGAAGGUAUUGAAUGAAUAUAUAGACGAACAAGCAAAUGAUACUCUCUUUAUAGGGAUAUGUGGAAUGGGUGGCAUGGGAAAGACAACUGUUGCAAGAGUCAUGUAUGAUAGGAUUCGCUGGCAAUUCGCUGGCAGCUGCUUCUUGGCAAAUGUGAGAGAAGUUUUUGCAGAGAAAGAUGGACUGUGUCGUUUACAGGAACAACUACUUUCGGAAAUCUCAAUGGAGCUUCCCACUGCACGGGAUUCUUCAAGAAGGAUUGAUUUGAUAAAGCGCAGGCUGCGGCUUAAAAAGGUUCUUCUUAUUCUUGAUGAUGUAGAUGAUGAAGAACAAUUACAGAUGUUGGCUGCAGAUCAUGGAUCGUUUGGUCCAGGGAGCCGGAUUAUCAUAACGAGCAGAAAUAAACAUUUGCUGGAUAGCCAUGGUGUUACUAGAAUAUACGAGGCUGAGAAAUUAAAUGAUAAAGAUGCUCUUAUGUUAUUUAGCUGGAAAGCUUUCAAAAGAGACCAGCCUGCUGAAGAUUUAUCGGAACUAUCCAAGCAAGUUGUGGGUUAUGCUAAUGGCCUUCCACUAGCUCUUGAAGUCAUAGGUUCGUUCUUGCAUAAAAGAGGUCUGCUUGAAUGGAAAAGUGCAAUUGAUAGAAUGAAUGACAUUCCUGACAGGAAGAUUAUUGAUGUUCUUCGCAUUAGUUUUGAUGGCCUCCAUGAAUUAGAGAAGAAAAUAUUUUUAGAUAUCGCUUGCUUCUUGAAGGGGAUGAAAAAGGAUCGUAUAACAAGGCUACUUGACAGUUGUGGGUUCCAUGCAGAUAUUGGAAUGCAGGCUCUUAUUGAGAAAUCCCUUAUAAGUGUCUCACGAGAUGAGAUAAGGAUGCAUAACUUAUUACAGAAAAUGGGUGAAGAAAUUGUUCGUUGUGAAUCCCCUGAAGAGCCUGGAAGACGCAGUAGAUUGUGCACGUACAAGGAUGUCUGCGACGCACUGAAGGACAGCACAGGAAAAAUAGAAAGUAUAUUCUUGGACUUGCCCAGAGCAAAAGAGGCACCAUGGAACAUGACAGCCUUCUCAAAAAUGACCAAACUAAGAUUGCUCAAAAUUCACAACGUGGAUCUUUCGGAAGGACCUGAGUAUCUCUCAAACGAGUUGCGAUUCCUUGAAUGGCAUGCUUACCCUUCAAAGUCAUUGCCAGCUUGUUAUCGUCCGGAUGAGCUUGUUGAACUCUACAUGUCUUGCAGCAGUAUUGAGCAAUUAUGGUGCGGAUGUAAGAUUUCAGUUAAUCUGAAAACCAUCAAUCUCAGCAACUCACUAUACCUGACCAAUACUCCGGAUUUUACUGGAAUUCCAAAUCUCGAGAGUCUGAUUCUUGAAGGUUGUGCAAGUUUAUCUGAGGUCCAUCCAUCAUUUGGACGUCACAAGAAUCUUCAAUUUGUGAAUCUUGUGAACUGCAGUAGUCUAAGGAUUCUACCAAGCCACCUUGAAAUGGAAUCAUUAGAAGCUUGCACUCUCAGUGGCUGCUCGAAACUUGAUAAGUUUCCUGAUAUAGUAGGAAACAUGAACUGCUUGAGGGAGCUUCGUUUAGAUGGGACUGCUAUUGCAGAACUAUCCUCAUCAUUUCAUUGUUUGGCUGGUUUAGUUCUAUUGAGCAUGAGCAGUUGUAGGAACCUUGAAAGUAUUCCCAAUAGCAUAAGUGGUUUGAAAUCCCUCAAAAGACUUGAUGUGUCUGACUGCUCUGAACUUAAGAACAUACCAGAGAAUUUGGGGGAAGUAGAAAGUUUGGAGGAGUUUGAUGCAAGUGGAACUUCAAUUAGACAGCCGCCAGCGUCUUUUUUUCUUUUGAAGAAUCUUAAAGUAUUGUCAUUUAAUGGAUGCAAAAGAAUAGCUGUGAAUCUCACGGAUCAAGUAUUGCCUUCUUUGUCUGGUCUGUGUUCUUUAGAAGAACUGGAUUUACGCGCUUGUAAUCUAGGAGAAGGAGCAGUUCCCGAAGAUAUUGGCUGCUUAUCAUCAUUGAGGAAUCUAAAUCUGAGUAGAAAUAACUUUGUUAGCCUACCUAAAAGCAUAAAUCAGCUUUCUAGGCUUGAAAAGCUUGCCUUGAAGGAUUGCGUGAUGCUUGAAUCAUUGCCUGAGGUUCCCUUGAAAGUUCAGAAAGUAAAAUUGGAUGGCUGUUUAAAACUAAAAGAAAUUCCAGAUCCAAUAAAGCUAUGCAGUCUGAAAAGAUUAGAGUUCAAAUGUCUUAACUGUUGGGAACUGUAUAUGCAAAAUGGCCAAAACAACAUGGGUCUGAACAUGCUUGAAAAAUACCUUCAGGUCUUCUCUUCACCAUACCCAAUCUCUCUCUUUCCCCCCCCCCCCUCUCUGAAACAUUUUUGUUUUAUGAUACAGGGCUCAUCUCCAAGACCUGGAUUUGGUAUUGCUGUUCCUGGAAAUGAAAUCCCAGGCUGGUUUACUCAUCAAAGUAAGGAAUCUUCAAUUAGGGUGCAGGUGCCUUCUAAUUAUCUGGAUGAUGAUGAUAAUGGGUGGAUGGGGUUUGCUGCAUGUGUUGCAUUCAGUGCAUAUGGUAAAAACCCUCUCUUUUGUCAUUUCAAAGUCGAUGGAAAAGAGAAUUAUCCUUCGCCCAUGUAUAUAGGUUGUAACUCUAUGCAAGCUCUGCCAGAUCAUCUGUGGUUAUUCUAUUUAUCUUUUGAUUAUCUGAAAGAGCUUAAAGAACGAGAGAAUGAAGCCUAUAGCGAACUUGAGUUGUCGUUUCAUUCUUACGAGCAAGGAGUAAAGGUGAAGAAUUGUGGUGUUCGUUUGGUAAAUUCUCCAUACACUCCAUCAUGGCAAUCACCUACUGGCCGUCUUAUUGUUGCAAGCAAAAAAGCAGCUUCUUCAUAUAUUGAUUCUUUAGCUAAUUCUUCAUCUUAUAGUCAAUGGAUGCAUGAUGUCUUCUUUAGCUUCAGAGGUGAGCACGCUAGCAAUAAUUUCACCCAUUUGUAUACAGCUCUAGUCCAGAGAGGCAUUAUCCGAGAUGACACAGAACUAGAGUAUCUGAGGGUAAUUGAAUCGAGUCUCCUAAGGGACAUCAAAGAGUCGGGGCUGUCAAUUAUUAUAUUUGCAAGAGAUUAUGCUUGUUCGGCUUGGUGGUUUGACGAAGUUGUCAAGAUUGUUGGAUUCAUGAAAAAGAUGAAAUCGGACACUGUUUUUCCAGUUUCAGCAGUUUCUUAUAAUGUCGAGCAAUCAAGGGUAGAUGCACAGGCAGAGAGUUACACGAUUGUCUUCGACAAGGAUGAAGAAGAUUUCAGUGAAGAUAUGGAGAAGGUACGAAGGUGGAUGGAUAUUCUCACCGAGGUCGCCAUUUCAUCUGGGUCGGAAUCAUCGAAAAGGGUGAAUGGCAUGGAUUGGCCAGUUGGGAAUAGGUUUCACGGGACUGACAUGGAGUUUCUGCUGAACUUCCGGAAGAAGGUCCUUGAGGAAAACGAGCUUGAUAUUGAUUUUGAAUUUGAUGUUACUCUUGAGGAAAACUAAUCAUUAUUUUUUAAAUUUUAUUUAUUUUGACAAUACUUUCUUUUCAUUGAGAAUGACAAAACAAUUUAAUUUGUUAAAUAAAAAACAUGACAGCGUUAAUUGAUUGAGAAA